CGACAAGCUGCCCGGCAUGCUGCGGAGGAGCAGCCCCUGUCCGUACGUCAGACGGGCGGCUUGGAUCCGCGACAUCCAGAAGCAUCUCCGGGAGCAGAAGACGGAGCAGGCGGCGGAAGUGCUCAAACUGCUGAGAAAGGUUCACCUCAUUUCCACGGCACAGAAGGAACACAGAGUUCACAAAAGCCAUUUUGAAAUAGAACACCGAAUCAGGACCUGGGGCUGCAGGGCACUUCGCUCAAUGACAUUUUGUACAAGAACGCAGCUUUUCUCAACCUGGUGGACCCCAUUUCGCACGAGCUGCUGCUGGGACUGGCCCGCGACCUACAGUGUCCCAAAAGGGAGAUGGACUCCCUGAAGUCGACCAACAAGAUCUGCCGCCAGCUAAUUUACCACCUGACGCCUCACUCCAAGUGGACGAGACAGAGUGUUCCCAGGAGGAAGUCUCAGGCCUGUCUGAAGACCACCCUGAAGAAGAAGCUGUCCGGUGACGUAGUCAACCUCUCCGGCAUCCCGCUCUCGGGCAGAGACGUCCACCGCGUGGCCUUCUACCUGCAGGGCGGCAGUGACGCUGUGUCAGCGGUGGACCUGAGCUUCACCGGGCUGCAGGACGAGAGCCUGCGCCUGCUCCUGUUGCCCCUCGGCGGCCUCCCCAAACUGACCACGCUCGCCGUCAACGGUAACCGCCUCACCGUGGCCGUCCUGAAGGACCUGACGGAGGCUGUGAAAGACCCCAAGAAUUUCCCCAAGCUGGCGUGGAUCGAUCUGGGCAACAACGUCGACAUCUUCACCGUGCCGCAGCCGCUGCUGGUGGCCCUGCGGCGGCGCUUUGGUUUACGCGGCAGCCUUCCCACCAUCUACGAGUAUAGCGAGGCAAAGACCUUCGACAGGUACAAGCCGAACAUAGAGAUGUCUGUGGAGGAGCCCGACAUGUACGAGGAGGGCGACGAAGGCGAGGAGGAACGAGACGGAGACGAUGACAGGCUCGAGGUUCAAGCUUGCGGCUUCAGGGAGGACAAAACGCAGAGAAGUGUUCAGGUGUCAUUCUGUGGGAGGUGAUCUGAGAGGUUUGCAUCCUCGCGUAUCCACGCUUUCUCUUUCUAGUCUGACCUCAGCGAUCCUUGCUCGGUCAGACACUUUAUUUAUGGAUUUAUCUUUUUUUGUCUAGACAAGGUCGCACUGCUUUUUUCCUGAGAGUGUUUCAUAUCACUUACAAAACGAAAUCUGUGCAGUCAAGUGCCUUGCACAAGGGCACCUUAGUAGUCAUUGAUGACGGAAUAUGUUUACAGAUAUAUAUCUCCAAGUUAGAGGAAGGACUUUUUCAUGAUCUCUUAGCUCUAGAUCAGGCGUGUCAAAACUUUUUCCACUGGGGGCCACACAGUGAAAAGUCCAAAGAUGUGGGGUCCAUUUUGAUAUGUUUAAUUUUCAAAGCUAAUUUAAUAUAUAGAUUUUUAAAGAAAACAAAACAGCCUGCAUGUCAGCAAAAUAAAAAUUG